AUGUUAGAUGUGUUGUCUGAUACCAUUGAAUUCGAGAAAAAAAGACCUAACUUUACUUCUUAUAACGAUGAUGAAAAACAACGACGGCAAUUGCAAUUUUCUCAAGAAACAACACUGAAUAUUGAUGGGGUGGUAAACCCUGAAAUGUUACAUGCGCAUUUAAUUUUGCUAACGAAAUUUAAAGCAUUAGAACAAUCUGAUCAAGAGAUGGAUGACCGUUAUUUAUUGCGAGCUGAGCAACGAUAUAUUGCAUGGAUAGAUUUAUUAAACCAUAAAAAUUUUCCUAAAGAAGAAAUGCCCAUUCCGCCACUUGAUGUUUGCUUAAUAUGGCACGCUCAUUGUCUUUCGCCAUUACGUUAUUACGAAGACAUGCUACGUCUUCAUGAUCCUCAGGCACACAAUUAUAAUUUCCCGUUAGCUAAACUGGCAAGGCAUCUUGACGAAUAUUCACAACAGAUUUGGCAUGAAUACACAAAGAAACCUUGGGUUCUUGAACUAAAUAAUGAUUCACCAUUUGAUUUUAAGUGCCCGCUAUGCAACCAAAUAGAUCAAAUUUCACCGGAUACUUAUGUAAAAAUCAUGCGCACAAAUAAUUAUGAUGUAAAAUGUAAGCAUUGCGGCAAACAAUAUAAAAGUGAGUUUGUGAGCGUCUCUCGAUUCGUCGAAGAUAUUCUCGCGGGCACGAUUGUUGAUUUGAAAAGCGGCACCGUCAGUAAGCUUAAUGCAGAGAAAGAUUGCAAUCUGCUCUUUUCUAGCCCAGGAAUUACCUUAUCCACAUCUACGGUCUAUACUUGGAGCGAAAUAAAUACAGAAGUCAAAAAACAUGCAGAUAGCCUUAAAAGCAGUCGUAAAUUGAAAGACGUACGAAAUGAGAUAAUUGAACGAAUAAUUUUCGCAUAUAUGGAUAUUCCGGCACCAUUCUCUAUUGAUCUUGUCAGUGCAGUUAAACGUCAGCGAAACUUUACAAACAAGGCGGUCAAUAAUUCUUGGAUCAAUUGCAUGACUGUUCAAUCAAAUGCAAUCGAACGUUAUCAUAAAUUUAUAAAUUUACAAAAGGAUUACACGGGAACUCUAUUUGUUCCGACCCUCGAUAUUGAUCUUGCAUGGCAUACGCACGUGCUUCAUCCGUCACUCUAUCGAAAUUUUACUAACAAACAUAUGGGACGAAUGAUUAAUCAUGAUGAUACAUUGGCAAAAAAAAC